AAAUGAAUUUGUUUUGUGUCUGGACUUUACAGGAAGUUCCCUUGCUUGAACUUGGCUUGGAGGUUUGACGGAGUAAAUUGUUCCUUGACUUUUGAAUUAUUCAUCUUGGCUGCAUGAUACGCAAAUCACACUGCUCUCACUAUGUCUAGAGGCACAGCACUGGGUCAGAAGCUGCAUCAAGUUGCUGGCAAAGAAUUUCUGUCAAGGGAUUAGGACUUUCCAACAGAACGGUUAUAAUUCAAUCUAAUUUAACUCAGCAUAACUUAUCAGACAACUACAGUGUGCUGGGGAACAUGGCAUGGAAUGCAUCUUGUGAAAACUGGCUGGCAGCAGAGGCUGCCCUAGGAAAGUACUACCUUUCCGUUUUUUAUGGGAUUGAGUUCGUUGUGGGAGUCCUUGGGAAUAGCCUUGUGGUUUUCGGCUACCUCUUCUGUCUGAAGAACUGGAAUAGCAGUAACAUCUAUCUCUUUAACCUCUCUAUCUCUGACUUCGCUUUUCUGUGCACACUGCCCCUGCUGAUCAAAAGUUAUGCCAUUGAAAACUGGACAUAUGGAGAUGUGCUCUGCACCAGCAACCGAUACAUGCUUCAUGCCAACCUCUACACCAGCAUUCUCUUCCUCACUUUCGUCAGCAUUGAUCGCUACCUGCUCAUGAAUUACCCUUUCCGAGAACACCUUCUGCAAAAGAAAGAGUUUGCUGUUUUAAUCUCUUUGGCCAUUUGGGUUCUGGUGACCUUAGAGCUUGUGCCCAUGGUUCUCUUUAUAAGUCCCAUUACAGGUGGCAAUAAAACCAGAUGUAGGGAUUAUGCCAGUUCUGGGGACGCCAAGUCCAGCUUCAUUUACAGCAUGUGCCUUACCUUCUUGGGGUUCCUCAUUCCUCUUUUUGUGAUGUGCUUCUUUUAUUUCAAGAUUGCUGUCUUCCUAAAGCAGAGAGCCAGGGCACAGGCUACCACGCUGCCCUUUGAAAAGCCCCUCAACUUAGUCAUAUUGGCCGUGGUGAUUUUCUCUGUGCUUUUCACUCCCUACCACGUCAUGCGGAACCUGAGGAUCAUUUCACGGCUGUGGGACGAGAAUGAGGCCAAAUGUCCCAGGGCCAUCAUCCACUCCUUAUACAUUGUGACCAGGCCCUUGGCCUUCCUGAACAGUGUCAUCAACCCCGUCUUCUAUUUCCUUGUGGGGGAUCACUUCAGGGAGAUGCUGACGAAUAAGCUGAGGCACCACUUUCAAUCCCUUAUGUGCUUUAGGAGAUGUGCUAAUGGACUCGUGUUUUCAUUCAGAAAAGAGUGAGGUGCCUGUGGAACAGAACGUCUUAUACACGCAGUUGUAGGCCAGUUAGAGUUUGAUGGACUCGGACAUAAAUCAGAGCGGGUCACAGAUCCGCCCCUGAUUUAAAGACGUGGUGUACUCAGAGUACAUAAAAAAGAAGAGGAUGAGAAGAAUUUAUUUGUCCACUUACAAAUUGAAAGAAGUCGGACAAGCAGGAAUAUCUGGGCAUAUACAUUCAAAAUCCUAGAUGUUAUAAUACCUCAAUCAGUGUAAGAAGAAUAGAAGCUAGAUAGCGUAGCAAGUUUGCAUUUGAUCAUCGGUUGGACUGUAAAAUAAAAUUGUUUUGGCAAAAUU